AUGGAGCUGUGUGAUGUGAGAAAUUGGAUUUUGCACAGCUUUAAUACAAAACAUGGAAUAGGUCAAGCAAUAUGUCUGGUCGCCAUUUUCCAAUCAAACACAAGUAUUUUGGCAGCAAACUUCCAUUCGUCUGUGUGUGCUUAUCAUCGACAACUAUUUGUGGUAAAAUCCAUUAAUAGCUCCUCUUCAUGCGCCUACACCCACACAUGCAUGACUGAUGCGUUUGCCAAAUCACCUGACUCAAUUGUACCACCCCCACACCACACACCCACACACACACACACACACACACACACAUUCAUCUGGACCCUCAAAAGACUGUUUUAUUGCCACUUCAUCAUGCAGGAUAAAAUUUCGAGAAUUGAUGGAACGUUCAAGCUGGUUCGGUUGAGUUUAUACGGUCGUCUCAGUAAACAAAUAUGUUAUUUUCCAGAGUUUUGGCAUGGUGCUUUGCCACCUCUGUUAUGUUUGCAUCCAAUGGGUACUGCUGCUUCAUUUAAUUUCAUGUCAUGUAAAGCACAACAAACUUUGGGUUUUCAAUCCUGCUUGGUUUGA